CUUUUGGCGCCGCGGGGCAGUGAGAAACCAAGAGAAAUUUACCGGCGGCGCGGAAGAUGCGCGCCACUUCCGGUCGGGCUCUUAACAACGGGGGAGGCUAGUAACUAGGGAGGGGGGGAUGGCGGAGCGGGCUCCGGAGCCCGGGGCGGAGGCGGAGGCGGGCGCAGGCGGGGAGGCGGCGGCAGAAGAGGGCGCGGCAGGCCGCAAGGCGCGCGGCCGGCCGCGACUCACGGAAUCGGACCGGGCCCGACGGCGGCUCGAGUCCCGGAAGAAGUACGACGUGCGGCGCGUGUACCUGGGCGAAGCGCACGGGCCCUGGGUGGACCUACGACGCCGCAGCGGCUGGAGCGACGCCAAGCUCGCUGCCUACCUCAUCUCUCUGGAGCGCGGCCAGCGUAACGGCCGCCACGGGAAGCCUUGGGAGCAAGUCCCCAAAAAGCCAAAGCGGAAGAAAAGGCGGCGGCGUAACGUGAACUGCCUGAAGAACGUGGUGAUCUGGUAUGAGGACCACAAGCACCGCUGCCCGUACGAGCCUCACCUCACCGAGCUGGACCCCACCUUUGGCCUGUAUACUACAGCCGUGUGGCAGUGUGAAGCUGGCCACCGCUACUUCCAGGACCUGCACUCACCUCUGAAGCCACUCAGCGAUUCAGAUGCCGACAGUGACAAAGUGGACAAUGGCCUGGCCCCUGGCAGCUCUGACUCCUCCAGCUCUGGCUCUGACUCUGAGGAGCCCUCUGAGGGCCAGCCAGCCAAGGCCUCAGCGACAGUGACCCCAACCAGCCCAGCCAGCAGCAUCGGGCUCAUCACACAGGAGGGCAUGCACAUCCCGUUUGACGUCCACCACGUGGAAAGCCUGGCCGAGCAGGGCACGCCUCUGUGCCCCAAUCCAGCAGGUAGCGGGCCUGAAGCCCUGGAGACAGUGGUGUGUGUACCAGUGCCUGUGCAAGUGGGCACCAGCCCUGGCGCCCUCUUUGAGAAUGUGCCUCAGGAGGCUCUGGGUGAGGUGGUGGCCAGCUGCCCCAUGCCAGGCAUGGUGCCUGGUUCACAGGUGAUCAUCAUUGCGGGCCCAGGCUACGAUGCCCUCACGGCUGAGAGCAUCCACCUCAAUGUGGCAGCGGGCAGUGGUGCCCCUGGCAGUAGCCUGGGUGAGGAGGUGCCCUGCGCCAUGAUGGAAGGUGUGGCGGCCUACACUCAGACGGAGCCCGAGGGCAACCAGCCCGGCACCAUGGUCACCACCACCACGGCAGGCAUCGAGACCAAGAAAGAGAAGGAGGACCUGUACAUGCUCAAGAAAGAGGAAAAGGAGGAGCCGGAAGCCCCAGAGAUGGCAGCGACGGUGCCAGAGAGCACCGAGGCUGAGGCCGAUGGGGAGGAGCUUGAUGGCAGUGACAUGCCUACCAUCAUCUAUGAGAUCCCCAAGGAGCCUGAGAAGAGGCGGCGGAGCAAGCGGUCGCGGGUGCUGGACGCUGACGGCCUGCUGGAGAUGUUCCACUGCCCGUAUGAGGGCUGCAGCCAGGUCUACGUGGCCCUCAGCAGCUUCCAGAACCAUGUCAACCUCGUGCAUCGGAAAGGAAAAACCAAAGUGUGCCCUCACCCUGGCUGCGGCAAGAAGUUCUACUUAUCCAACCACCUGCGGCGGCACAUGAUUAUCCACUCAGGUGUCCGCGAAUUCACCUGUGAGACUUGCGGCAAGUCCUUCAAGAGAAAAAACCAUCUAGAAGUACACCGACGCACACACACGGGAGAGACACCGCUACAGUGCGAGAUCUGUGGUUACCAGUGCCGGCAGCGGGCAUCGCUCAACUGGCAUAUGAAGAAGCACACGGCUGAGGUGCAGUACAAUUUCACAUGCGAGCGCUGCGGGAAACGCUUCGAGAAGCUGGACAGCGUCAAGUUCCACACACUCAAAAGCCACCCGGACCACAAACCCACCUGACCUGCCCAACCACCGACCAUUCCUAUUUAUUUGUCCACUUGGAUACCUCACCUUGGCCUGCGGGGGCACUCUGAUACCAUGGGCUGGAAGGUGGUGCUCCGCCCUGCCCUGCCCCAGGGCUGGAGCCCCUAGACAGAUCUCCCUUCCCUGUCCCCUUCCACCUGGGGCUACGUGGCUGGAACUGUGUCAAGAGAGCAAAUGAGAUUAAAGAGCAGAAGGGAG